UGCCUGAAUACAUACCGACUCUGUGAGGACAUACCGUAACAAUAAGGACAGGGCUAAUGUCCUCAUAAGUCUAGCAGCGUAGAACGACGUAUACGGGUCUCACAAACCACCUCCCGCUUUUUCUCAAAAUGUCCUAAUAUGUACGUUUCACCCGAUUUCCAGUGUAUGCCAGUGUAUCCUCAGAGUGUAUAAUCUCCCUCUAUUGAAAAUUCGGUAGUACUGCAGCCCCACACACAUUUCAGCCUUCAAUGGACGCGUUUGAUUGGUUGAAGGCUUUCCUGCUCAGCGAUUGGCUGCACCUGAUGUCCGUCAAACUCGAGGCGCUUCUGAGUGUCUGCAGGCGUGACGCAGUGAAUUUUUAAUUACCUAAACUCCAUCAAAGUUUCCAUCGUGUCGAUACUGUCACAUGUGCAAGUUGAAGUCAACAUGUUGAGAAAGAAAAGAAUUAAACCUGAACAGGAUGCCAAAGAGCAUGUGUUGUCAGGCAAAGACAAAGCCUUCAUUGAGAAACGAUACAUCAACGCAUAUAAAGGGAGAGGUGUGUUUGCACUUAAACACAUUGAAUCAUCCACAUUUGUUGUAGAAUAUCGUGGAAUACUGUGCCAAAGUAAAUAUGUUGAUGACGUUAAAGGCAACUACUUGUUCGAUUUCACAUGGAAUGGAGCACAUUAUUGCAUAGAUGCUUCAAAAGAGGAUGGAUCGCUAGGACGACUGGUGAACGAUGAUCACAAAAAUCCAAACUGCAAAGUCAAGACGGUUGUCGUUGAGGGAAAGCCACACCUGUGUCUUUUUAGUCUAAGAGACAUUUGUCCAGAUGAAGAAAUUACUUACAAUUAUGGGGAUUCCUCUUGGCCCUGGCGUUCAGUAGAAUUGUGUGAUGAGAUAUCUGUGGCUGUGGAUGAAUCCAUUGAGGGUCCUUCCUCAUCAAGAAAAGAGAAAGAAUUGUGUGAUGAGAUAUCUGUGGCCGUGGAUGAAUCCAUUGAGGGUCCUUCCUCAUCAAGAAAAGAGAAAUGCCAUCAUGAACUUCAUUGUGCAGUAAUAUCCAGUUUGGAUUCUUGUGUAAAUUGCAGUGGACCCGUUUCUAGUCGAAAAUGGCUUGGCUUAACAUGCAAAUUGUGUUCAAGAUCAUGGCACAAAACCUGCUUCAUGAAGAAUGAGAAAUUGAUGGAUGUUACACUUUCCAGUUCUGAAGAAAGCAGUUCUGAUGAAGAGUAUACUCCUCAUGCUGAAAACAGCAUUGAUGAAUCCUCUGAUGAAUUUAUCCCAGAUUCAAGACAAAACAGCGACAGUGGUGAUAGUCUAACUAUCAAUACAAGGAAUCCACCAUAUUGUAAGACCACUCAACUGUUUUCAGAGUCUAAGAAGGCAAAGAGUGUGUCUCAACCCACUCACUGUUCAUCCACUGAGCAAGAUAUGGUUAGUGACAAAUCCAGCUCUGCUCAAGAUCUCGUAUGUAAUGAUCACGACACUACCACAAGGAAUACGGAGAUGCUUCAGAGUUUUAAGAAAACACCAAAAGAGUCUUGUGAUAAACAGUCAAACCUCAAAGACACCUUUUCCACCCACAAAAAUUACUGUUAUGUGUGCAAGAAACCUCAGUCUAAAAUUGCCCGUCACUUUAAAAAGCAUGAAGACAGUGAAACGGAAAUUGCGGCUGCAUUUCUGCUUCCUAAACACUCCAAGGACAGAAAAAGGUUACUUGAGAAGCUUCGAAACAGAGGCAACUAUGAACAUAAUCAAGAGGUUAUGGCGAAUAAGAGUGGACCACUGAAGGUUAGAAGACGACCAGUAAGAUCCGAGAUCGAAUUGAGUACCAAAACAUAUGUGCACUGCAUAUACUGUAAAGGCCUGUUUGUUCGCAAGGAGUUGUGGCGCCAUACACGGAGAUGUCCUUCAAAGAUUUGUUCCGAAUCUGAAGCAACUGGUAAGGCCAAAGUUCUAGUUUUGGCUGAUAUUGCAGAGUCAACAUUCUCUCAAGCAAUCUCUCCUGAAGUGUGGAAAAUCUUGGGAAAUAUGAAGAAUGAUGACAUUUCAUCUGUUGUUCGAAAUGAUUUUCUCAUACUGCAGUUGAGUCAGAGUCUUUACAACAAACACGGAAGUGAUCCAACAAAAUUUGAAUACAUCAGACAGAAGGUACGGGAAGUGGGCAGACUCUUGCUAAGCAUGAAAAAAAAAUUCGCCAUACUUAGCUUUGAAGAUGCUUUGAAGCCAAACAAUUUUUACAAAGUCAUUGAGGCCGUGAAAGAUGUUGCUGGUUAUGAAGAAAAGAGCCACUCAUAUAAGACACCAAGUCUUGCACUAAAGUUAGGACAUUCACUUAACAAAAUUGCUGACAUCAUUCUCUGCAGGGCCAUCGCAGGAGAGGAUGAUGCUCUGACGAAAGCAGCAGAGCGAUUCAAAAGACUCUGCUCAAGUGAAUGGGCAGAACAUGUCUCCCAUGCUGCUCUUGCUACUUUAAGCAAAUCAAAGUUCAACAAACCAUCUACCAUACCAUUCACACAUGAUGUGCAGCUUCUCCACCAGUGCCUAGAGAAGAAAUCAGCUGAUGCUUUUGAAAACCUGAAAAACCACGAGUCUUCACAGACAUACGCAGAACUCGCCAAAGUGACACUGGCACAAGUAAUCAUCUUUAACCGACGUCGUGCAGGAGAAGUUUCAAAAAUGACACUUGAGUGUUUUAUGAAAAGAGACCAAACUGAGCUCCAUGAGGACAUAGCUCUUGGUCUGUCUCCGUUUGAGCAAAAAAUGUCCAAGCAUUUCAGCAGAGUAGAAAUAAUGGGCAAAAAAGGGAGAAAAGUUGCUGUUCUGCUAAGCCCUGAUCUUGUUGGAGCAAUGCAACUUCUUGUGGACAAGAGACAUUCAUGUGAAGUAGAUGGGGACAACCCCUUUCUAUUUGCAAGACCAAAGUGUUCAGCCACUAGUUUCUUCAGGGGACAAGACUGCAUCAGGCUUUUUGCAAAUCAGUGUGGUGCCCAGAACCCUGAAUAUCUCAGAUCUACACAACUCCGUAAGCAGGUUGCAACAAUGUCCCAGAUUCUUAAUCUUAAGGAUAAUGAGCUGGAUCAGCUUGCCAACUUUUUGGGCCAUGACAUUCGGGUCCAUAGAGACUAUUAUCGGUUGCCAGAUGCAACUAUAGAAAUUGCAAAAAUCUCAAAGCUGCUUCUGGCAAUGGAGAAAGGAACCCUUGCAAGUUUCCAAGGAAAGUCUCUUAGUGAAAUUGAGAUUGAAGAUGAAAUUGAUCCUGAAUUAGACGACGAAGAAGAAAGUGAUGAAGACGGCGAAGAAUCGGAUUCUCUCCAUGGAGUAAAUGGAAACAAAAAGAGGGUGGACCAUGUAAAGUCGACCCAGGAUGAGGAGACUGAAAGUUCCAACGGAAAACGAAAAAUGUCCCCCAAUGAACCAGUCAGCUCCACGGGAAAACGAAAAAUGCCCCCAAAUGAGCCUGUCAGCUCCACAGGAAAACGAAAAAUGCCCCCAAAUGACCCUGUCAGCUCCACAGAGGCCAAAUCAAGGAGAAUCGUUAAAAGGCCAUGGACUGCCAAUGAAGUGAAUGCCGUUAUGAAACAUUUUAAAGUCCAUAUUUCAAAGGGACAUCUCGCAACAAAGGCAGAGUGUGAGCAGUGCAAGGCUGCAGAGGACCCUGUGCUAGCAGAAAGAACUGUACAAAACAUCAGGGAUUUCGUGAGGAACCGAGGUUUGAUGUUAAAAAAAAAUAGUUCUUAGACAGAUCAUGGUCACCUUCUUUUAAGGUUUGUGGCUUUUGUUACUUUAAGUUUACAAGUUAAAUGACUGGCUAACUAUUGUUCUCUUGUUAAAACUUUAAAAUCUCUCAUUUCCAUAGUUAAACCCAGAUCGUUCUUACAAUACUAGGUCGUCAUUUACAUACACACACCUAACUAACACCCGAUUGAGAAGACGAUUUGGGUUUAGCUAGAUAUCAUUCACAUACACGCACCUCGGAAACACUUAAUUCCUGUCCAUGUUAACCAAAAUUGUCCUCAUAAUCAGAUAUUACUUAGGUGUGUGUGUAUGUACGUGAUUGAUGUCCAGUUAAACCCAAAUUGUCCUCACAAUUAAGUGUUACUAAGGUGUGUGUGUGUGUAUGUGAUUGUCCAUGUAAACCCGAAUUGUCCUCACAAUUAAGUGUUAAUGAGUUGUGUGUGUGUAUGUGAAUGAUGUCCAGGUAAACCCGAAUUGUCCUCACAAUUAAGUGUUAUUGAGUUGUGUGUGUGUAUGUGAAUGAUGUCCAGGUAAACCCGAAUUGUCCUGACAAUUAAGUGUUAUUGAGUUGUGUGUGUGUAUGUGAAUGAUGUCCAGGUAAACCCGAAUUGUCCUCACAAUUAAGUGUUACUGAGUUGUGUGUGUGUGUAUGUGAAUGAUGUCCAGGUAAACUCAAAUUGUCCUCACAAUUAAGUGUUACUAAGGUGUGUGUGUGUGUGUAUGUGAUUGUCCAUGUAAACCCGAAUUGUCCUUACAAUUAGGUGUUACUGAGUUGUGUGUGUAUGUGAAUGAUGUCCAGUUAAACCCAAAUUGUCCUCACAAUUAAGUGUUACUAAGGUGUGUGUAUGUGAUUGUCCAUGUAAACCCGAAUUGUCCUCACAAUUAAGUGUUAAUGAGUUGUGUGUGUGUGUAUGUGAUUGAUGUCCAGGUAAACCCAAAUUGUCCUCACAAUUAAGUGUUACUGAGGUGUGUGUUUGUGUAUGUGAUUCAUGUCCAGGUAAAUCCAAAUUGUCCUCACAACUCAGUAACACUUAAUUGUGUGUUUGUGUAUGUGAAUGAUGUCCCAUUGACCCCAGAUUUAUUCCCAUGAAGGGUUAGUUAGGUGUGAGAGUACAACACUAUUUUCUUGAAAUACCAUAUAUACAUGUUAUAAAAUAAAUUUUGUUAACCCAAAUGUUAAUAAAAGGAAUUCAAAAGUU